AUUUUCCGUGUGUUUCGGUCUAUUGGGAAACUAAUUGCCGAUCAAGCCAACUGGAUACCUCUUUUCCAUUGGGAUGAAACACACAUGAAGCGCCUGAACUGCAACGGCGUAUGCGUGCUAGUGAUCGGUAAGGAUGGAGUUUACUACUGA